AGGUAGUCCACCUUAAGUCUCUGGCUGUUCUGCCAUGUGGGGCGUGGGAUCCGGAAAGGAGAAAGGCGCUUGAAAGCUUGGGAGUUGUUAUUGGCCUCCGAUGGGCAAGGAGUAAACAGAAUUUAGGAAGAAUCAGAUUAUUGGGUGCCAGGCAGCCAGACCAAGGACAAGUUAUUAACUUUUGAUGUACGGUUUCCUAUCUGGCGCAACGCCCUGCACUAAUUUACCGUACUACUAGGGCAUGUAUUGGCUCCGUUACGUUGGCCUGUGCCUGAGGCGGGCGCUCAAUCUUCACGGAUAGUCUGACUGACAUACCUCACACACAGGUCAACGCCUUCCUUAUCAUCCAGCGCUCUCUCUUGGGCUUCUUCUGCGCCGCCAUAUCAACCCUUUAUACCAUCCCUCUGUAUCAUCCCUCGCCGGCCAGUGGCAUCCUCUCAUUUCCCCAGCUCAACACCUGCCAGCCCGGCGCCCGCCAGCUGUCCCAAUGGCGCCCCGCCAGCUGUCCAUCCUCCUCCUGGUGCUCGCCCUGACCGCCCAAGCUGCGACCGCCACCUACAUUGGCAUCAUCGCCCCGUGCGUCGGCAUCAACUCCCUCAAAUGUUACGGGGCCUACGGGACCGUGACGACGACGCUCAUCACGAGCUGCAACCAGGUGACCGUCGGCUGCUACAAGAGCUACGGGAGCGGGGACACGUGCGGGGCCAAGGACACCUCGUGCCCGUCGUGCAAGGACAAUGGCCAGAGCGUCACGAUCAGCUGUUCGACGUCGGGCACGUGCUCCAACCCCAACCCCAUUGCAUACAGCCCCAGUGGAGUGUGCGGCGACCCCCACUUCUCGGCGCCUGGGGGCAUCUACUUUGACUGGCACGGCGUGCGGGACCAGGUCUUCAGCAUCAUCUCUGACACCGACUUCCAGCUGAAUGCCCGCUUUAUCGGUGAGCGCACCAACACGGAGAGCAUCGAGCACGGCACCUGGAUCGAGGAGAUGGGCAUGGUUUACAAGGACGAGUCUGGCGCGACCCACUUUGUGAGCAUUGGCAUCGACCAGGAGAAGGAGUUCGAGGCUGCUGAUGUCUUCUUCUUCACCUUUGACGGAGAGGACAUCCCAGUCGGCUCGGGCACCGCCGAGUACACGUGGAUGUCUCCUGACGGCCGGGCGACCAUCACGCGCGAGCCCCACAUGCGCGCGCACGCCCGCAUCAACAUCGACGGCCUCUUCAAAGCCACGUUCAAACCCCGUGUUGAGAGCCGCAUCCAGUUGGACCCCCUCGGCAAAUACCUCGACAUGGACAUGGAGAGCCUCACCCUCUCCCGCCACGCUCACGGCGUCCUGGGCCAGAUGUUCCGCCCGGACGCCGUCGAGCGCCGGAACGCCGUGACGGCCAACGCGACGGGCCACGAGUUCCUGGUGGAGGGCAAAACGGCGGACUACCGCGUCGAGUCGCUGACGUCAUACGACAGCACGUUCAACCAGUUCAACCUGGCGGCUGGCGUCACCGUGCGCAACUUCAACAUCGUCGAGGACGGCGCCAAGGCCUCGCGCAAGAUGCUGACGUCAGCGAGCGUGCCCGACGGUGAAGACGUCACCAUGGUCUUCGGCGUGCAGUGCAGUCAGGAUCGGGGGUCGCUGGUUUGCGCUUAAGUUCGGGAGAUCACCGAGUGAGCAUAGCCAUACCUUGGUUAGAGGACUGGUUAUGGGACUAACAACGCUAUCAGCAACGGUUUGUUUUGAUGUUGUAAAGUAGUCAUUAUGGCUGGCGGUAAAGCAGAUGAAUGGCUGGCGGGUAAACCAGAUGAGCCAAAAACCAGAUGAAGCAGACAGCACUGAGGGUUGCAAGCUGCUCGAUCUAGAUUCAUGAUUAUUUGGAAGUGAUCAAUCAACUGAGGGUGAAGGAAGAUUGGCGGACGACUAUUGGAGUUAGGAGAAACGAGGGCACUUCAUUAGAACUGAUUCGAAAGCUUGUACAACAGUUUUGGUCCUUUGAACGAUACGAGCACCUCGACGAUAACGUAGUUUGUUCCCUUCGUCCAGAAAACAUAGUGUCUCUGAACCUAAAAGCUUUCAGAGUGCUGAGCUGAUCGAGUUCGGAUCCGCAAGUUUGCACUCACAUGUGCAAGCUGGGGUUUCAUUUCAAGUCCAUCAUUGGGGGUUAAAAGGUGUUGAUGAGGUG